CUAGUUUACCCUCAUAUUUUAGCUGAAAAAUAUCGUCACAGCUGACGAAGAAAUUAGAAACAACAAGCAACGUGUCACUUCUCAUGUCGUCGUUUUCCCCAAGAAAUAUCCAAACUAACACCCAAUUACCUAAUGCCACGUGUUUACUCACACUCCUUUAAACAAGCUCGUAACUGUUUCAUCUUCUUGUCCCCAAAGUCUCCUCUUCCUUAUCUCUUGGAAACCAAGAAGCAUGGAUCGUGUGGUCUUCUUCUUCCUCAUCGCAGCUACGUUACUAGCAGGUUCUCUCGGAUCUACCGUCAUCUCCGGCGAGGUUACCGACGGUUUCGUUAACCCGAUCAGGCAAGUCGUCCCGGAGGAGAACGAUGAACAACUCCUCAACGCAGAACAUCACUUCACUCUAUUCAAAUCCAAGUACGAGAAGACUUACGCGACUCAGGUAGAGCACGAUCAUCGGUUCCGUGUCUUCAAAGCUAACCUAAGACGAGCUAGGCGUAACCAGCUUCUAGAUCCGUCUGCCGUCCACGGCGUCACGCAGUUCUCAGAUCUUACUCCGAAAGAAUUCCGCCGCAAGUUUUUAGGACUGAAACGCCGAGGGUUUCGUCUUCCUACUGAUACUCAGACGGCGCCUAUUCUUCCGACUAGCGAUCUUCCGACGGAGUUCGAUUGGCGUGAACAAGGAGCCGUCACACCUGUUAAAAACCAGGGUAUGUGUGGUUCAUGCUGGUCAUUUAGUGCGAUAGGAGCUCUUGAAGGAGCACAUUUUCUAGCCACUAAAGAGCUUGUUAGCCUCAGUGAGCAGCAGCUCGUAGAUUGUGACCAUGAGUGUGAUCCAGCACAAGCCAAUUCAUGUGAUUCUGGUUGCAGUGGAGGACUAAUGAACAACGCUUUUGAGUACGCUCUUAAAGCUGGUGGUCUAAUGAAGGAAGAGGACUAUCCUUAUACAGGACGUGACCAUACCGCUUGUAAGUUCGACAAGAGCAAGAUUGUUGCGAGUGUGUCUAACUUCAGCGUUGUCUCUUCGGAUGAAGACCAAAUCGCUGCUAAUCUAGUCCAGCAUGGACCUCUAGCUAUUGCUAUCAAUGCGAUGUGGAUGCAAACAUACAUAGGAGGAGUCUCGUGCCCGUAUGUAUGUUCAAAGAGCCAAGACCAUGGAGUGCUCUUGGUUGGAUUUGGUUCAUCGGGUUAUGCACCAAUCCGUCUUAAGGAGAAGCCUUAUUGGAUUAUCAAGAACUCGUGGGGAGCGAUGUGGGGAGAGCAUGGUUACUACAAAAUCUGCAGAGGGCCUCAUAAUAUGUGUGGUAUGGAUACAAUGGUAUCUACUGUUGCUGCUGUUCAUACCUCACCCAAGUAGAAUUAUUAGGACACUACCUGUCUAUCUUUGUGUAUAUGUAUGUAUGGUUGCAUAAAGAUACUACGAACUUUUAUCGUUAGUAUUGUGUCUCUGUUUCAGCUUUUAAUGUAAAAUAGCUUGGGGGUAUUAUCUUUGUAGCAUUGAAUGCUUAAGAUGAUAAUAUGAUAUGAUUAUCAAAUUAUUAUAAGUUGGAACUUGGAAUAAUAGAAAUUUUAUAUGUUUUAUAUUAUUGUUUCAAACAAUGAAACUCCAUGAGUCGUAAAAGACAGAACAUCAGCAUAUUGUUGUCAAUACAAAGAUUUAUUCCAAGGAUAACAAAGAUCAAACUGCUUCGUUUCAUCGUUAAACCUACAAGGUCCGUUUCUUCUUAUCUUCCACACACACCUGUCGCUCUCGCACUUGUUAUCACCGCCGCUAUCUCGAUGGUCUUUAUAUAUAUCGAACGAAUGCGAUUCAUUUGGCCAACUAAAACUACAAAAAUACAACGUCCUUCCAAAGAAUUGACGCCCGAAACUAAAAGACCACGACUCACCUGGUUGCAGAGUCCGGUUACCUAAAUCAUCGUCUUUUGAUUUACAAUGAUACAGUAACGUUAGCUGAUUACCGAGAUCAUUAUUGAUUUCCACGGUUCUUUUCGAGGUAGGAAACACAGAAUUUGUUGAUGAUGGAUCGUUGGGAACUGGAAUGUCGUUUUUAUGGUCGGCUUGUGAUAAUUUUGUAGUUAUGAAGAUAAUCAAUAUGAAUAGUGAUAGAUAUUGCUUUGGAAUAUCCAUUUUUUUGAAUAGGAGAG